AUGGUGGCGGCUCCCGCCAUGUUUCUGGAAAAACAUAUUCGGAACCCAUCAAUAUCUUCUCACAAGAGGGACCCCCAGAAAUAUCUAUCCGCACGACCACUUGCAGAACUUCACAGGCCGCUCUGUACGAAAGCAUUCUUCACAGGAUUAACUCCCCAAGGCGAAAAUAACAGGCCGAAGCACAACCCACAUGAACAAGCCUGUCACCUUUCAGAUAAGUCAAUCCCGCCCCUUAACCUGAGAACGCACUACCUGCUUGACAGAAAACAAUUCUCCGGCAACAUAUCAGGUCAGAGCCCAUCCCGUCCACUUCUAGAAAGACCAAGGCAAUAUUCCAGAACGAGUCCGAUGCCAGGUCCCUGUCCACAGACCGAAUCUCGGGUGUUCCCUCCUUUUUUUGCAAGUGUACCCGCCCCCUUGUCAGAGAGCGAAAGCGACUUCGCCCUCCAUGACCCGACCCCGACUUCGAUCCCCGAUCUGACAUCAUUCCCAUCCUAUAUUGGCCAAGAUGCCAUUGGAUGUCCGAUUUCCAGUCACUCCGUUAGAGCAACAAGUACUAGCCUACGACCGUGUCAUGGAUUCAUCAUGACAGUUCACCUCAAGCAAGCUAACCACCAGAAUACCUACCACCCACUGGCCCCAAGUACGAAAGCGAUCACAGGUCGAUGGAAAACCUUGGCAACAACUCCUCCGCGAGGAUGUUACUACCUCUACGAAUCCAAAUCUAUGACGCCGCUGUACCGACAGGCUGGAUACUCCCAAAUUGCCGCCGCCGCCACCAGCAGCAGCAGCAACAGCAUUGACAGUUCGAACCCAAGCCAAGUGGCUUGGCCUUGA